UAGAUCAUAACAUGGGCUUGUAGACUGUAACAUGGUUUGGUAGAUUGUAACACAGUCUGGUAGAUCAUAACAUGGGCUUGUAGACUGUAACAUGGUUUGGUAGAUUGUAACACAGUCUGGUAGAUCAUAACAUGGGCUUGUAGACUGUAACAUGGUUUGGUAGAUUGUAACAUGGACAGGUAAAAGCCUGGGUAACAUUCUACUGGCCCAGGACUUCUGCCUUCCAAUUACACUUUGAAAACAGGUUAAUUUGGCACGAGACUAUAGGUUAUAUCAUGUGGUCAGCGACUGGAUUCUGAAUUAAUUACUCUAUUGGUUUUCCCUGACUGUCAAUGUGUUUACCCAGCCACAGCGUCUCACUGUGAACCUUCUAAGCCAGAGAAGGCCACUUUCCAGGGUGUUCCUGAUAUGCUGGGGACAUCUUGUGGUCAGGAUUAGGAAGCACCUCCAAUACUGUCCCAGUUGUUGAUCCACCCUAAAGACGCCAUACAUCACUAUUAGUCAAUAUUGUUUUUACGCAAGCACCCUCUUCUUCCCCCCUUUAAAUCAGAACAGAAAUAUGACAGCACAGUGUAAGUGCCCUCUCCACCCCCCCUUUAAAUCAGAACAGAAAUAUGACAGCACAGUGUAAGUGCCCUCUCCACCCCCCCUUUAAAUCAGAACAGAAAUAUGACAGCACAGUGUAAGUGUGGUAAUCAGUGUGACUCCGCUGGUGGUUGUGCCUUAUUUACUCACAGCAAUGUGUGGGCGGAGCCGGGGUGACUGUCAGGAAGAUGGGGAACAUUUGUUGGAGAUCUGAUUGGCUGGCUAUGAAGGUGUGGGCAGAGCCGGGAUGGCUGUCAGGAAGAUGGUCAACACCAGUUGGAGACCUGAUUGGCUGGCUAUAAAGGUGUGGGGGGAGCCGGGAUGACUGUCAGGAAGAUCGGCGACAUCUGUUGGACAGCUGAUUGGCUGGCUAUGAAGGCUGGGCCUUCAGUGUUGCUCUAGUCUCUCUCACAGCAGACACCUACUGUUGUUUAGUUGAAACCUUCGCCUACGUCUUACACCCUACAACACACCACUAAUAUUUACAAACAACCACCCACUCACUCCACUGUCAUACUGAUUUACAUCUUACACCCUACAACACAACACUAAUAUUUACAAACAACCACCCACUCACUCCACUGUCAUACUGAUUUCCACACCCCCCUUUUAUUCAGUUGUAUGUGUAUUUAAUAAAUGCUUUUGUUAUUCUUUAACACCCACCACGUGUUCUCCCAAUGUUAUUCUAUUUGUCACGGCAUUGAGCCAGGUCGUGACAUCAUUCUUUAACUAACAGAAAAAUAAAUAAUACUCUCAGUCUGAUAAAGCAAGUAACACAGAUUUACAUCAGGUCUAGUUCUUACCAUAUACUUUGGUUAUCAAGGACCAACAAGACUGGAGAACUAAAGAUACAAAGUAAAUACUAAAUAAUUCUAAUGAAAAAUUAAGCAUUCAUAUAAAAAAUCUGAUUUGUUGAAUUUUACAUGUAGUCACUAUAUUUAGUUCAUGCAAUAGGACCAUGCACCAGGCACAAUGUCUACCGAAAAUAUCAAAGGGAUGCAGAUGACACCCAUUUCAUGGAAUGAAAAGUUACACGCAGUUAACCUUCUUGCCAGUGGUUGAGGAUAUUUUGGAAUCGUGUCAAAACAUCUCAAACAUAAUUAGAACAUUGUUUGACUUUGAGAGUGCAGACAGGCUGUCUAAAGCAGAAGUCAUGUUCUGUUCAGGUUUUCAGUUACACCAUUGGCCUCGGGAACAUCCACUGCUAACAAGGUACAGACAGCAUAAAAACAGAAAAUAGAUUAUAUUCUGAAAUAGAUUUCAUAUAAACUACUGUUGGACUGGUUCAACUUGGUUCCAAAUAGAUUACAGGUAGGCAGAUUCCAAAAUAGAUUACUGGUAGGCUGAUUCCAAAAUAGAUUACUGGUAGGCUGAUUCCAAAUUGAUUACUGCAGGCUGAUUCCAAAUAGAUUACUGGUAGACUAAUUCCAAAUAGAUUACUGGUAGACUGAUUCCAAAUAGAUUAUUGAUAGACUGCUGUCCAACUACUAAUAGGAUGCUGCUAAUAGCAGAUGUUCAGUAAAUGUCUGAUAUUCUAUAUUUAACUCUGCUGACUGUGGUGUGUUUUUUCCCACCGAGUUUCCUGUAGCCAACCACUGAUGGUACAAAACCGGAUUAGACGUAUCUCAUUAUAUAAGUAACGAAAUAAUGACAUUUUAGUAUAAAUAGCCCAGCAGCAUUUUCUGCUCUUCAGUUCAAUCUACAUGACAGCUCAGUGGAACCCCGAGACAGAUAUGAACCUUGCACUGAUACUAAUUUUUCUGUCCUGGAGUUCAGAUCUCCAGGGUCAAAUGCCCUUUCACCAAUCAGGUUUGUGGAACUAUACGAGAUCGGUAGCCAACACUGUCACGAUUCCCUGGACUCAGGACAGAGGGCUUUGUAAAUUCUGUGAUUUGGAGCCUUCAACCUGUAACGGAAAAGGAAUCUGUCUCUCUAACUGUGCCAUCACCGCAAUCUGCGCACACGAUACUGAAGUCUGUGUCAGCAUCUGGAGGAGGAGUGAAGGUAACUACAGCAUUGAGACUCUGUGCCAUGACCCCACCCAGCCUAUCUAUGGACUGGAGCUGGAUGACUACAACACCUCUACUUGUAUCAUGAAGGAGAAGAUGAGCUCUGUAGGACCCGUCCACAUCUGCUCUUGUAAGAAAGAGGAGUGUAACGACAAGUUUGCCUUCCCUCCCACCCAACCUGAUAUCUACCUAAAUGACUCAAUGGGAAGUGUAUCCAGGGUCCCCCAAGGACCCAGGGUGUUCAGAGGCUACAACUUCAUCCUCACCUGCUCCACUGAGCCAGUAUACCCAGGAGGCUUUUUCCUCCUCAUGUUCACCAGCUCCAACAGAACCCAGACCCAGCCAGCUUUCAAUCACUCCGCUGCCUUCCUGUUCCCUGACGCAGACGAAUCCCACCAAGGGAGCUACAGCUGCGCUUACCACAUUUACAUUUUAGAUCAUAACUUCUCAUCUGAGAGUGGGUUUCUAUUCCUCACAGUUUCAGCCUCUCCACUGCCAGCCUUCAUCAUCAGACACGUCAUAGUGCUGCUCACUCUACUGACAGCCAUCAGCGCCCUCUAUCUGUUCUACAAGUGCAAUGCUCCCCUAGUUCACCAGGAGGGUGGAUCUGAAUGCCAGCACCAGUAACAUGGAGAUGGUUCUCCUGGCCUCCGGAACUGAAGGCGGGCCAGAGGAGGAGAGAGUGGUCUAAGGCGUGGACAAAGCAGAAUGACCAUGACCUUCUCAUUUCAUGGUGUGCUUUUCCAAAUGUGUGUUCCAAGACUUCGUAACUAGUUUAGUAUACAUUGGUAGGAGUUACUGCAACCAGCAUCGUUCCUUGGUGUGUGAUUGGUUUAGCCACCACAGCGCAGCAUGUGUCUCUGGACUGGCUUAAAGAUGCAGUCUGGGACUUUUGAGAUUGACAAAAUAAUAUUUUUUAAAACCUUUAGUUUUGGGCUGGAUGUUUUGUUUGUUGUUUAUAUUUGCAUAAUCUAUACGUUAAAUCACUGUCAUACACUCACUUAGCCCGUAAAAGUUAAAUACAUGGGGCUUAAUCAAUAAAUUAAUUACACAGUACACAAUUUCUGGUGACCCGUUUGGUCUCGACCGUGCCAUUUUUACAACCAGUGGGCAACAAUUAAAUACUGAAUCUUCAAUAAAGCUUGUUUUGCAUGUUU